AUGUUUUUAAAACAGCUGAAGCAAUUUGAUUUUUACAGAAAAGUUGCUGGCGAUUAUCAAGAACAAACAGUUUUAGGAGGAAUUUUAUCUGGAAUUACCUUUACAGUGAUGUUCAUCCUUUUCAUCUCUGAAUCUUACUGCUAUUUUUUGGCCCCUUAUGAGUCUUCACUAAUUGUGGAGGGAUAUCAAGCUUCUGACCGAAUGAGAAUCGAUGUCAAUAUUUCUUUGUAUCAUAUUCCUUGCCAAAUAGUAUCUGCCCAUUAUAGCAAUGCAGGAGGCUUGCAUUUUGAUGCAGGAACUCUUAGAAGAGUAAGGAUUACACCUAAAGGAGAGUUAUUAUGGGACAGAGAAGCCCAAUCUAUUACUCUUAAAGAACAAGAACGCAAAAAAUCAGUAAGCUGUGGAAGCUGCUAUGGGGCUGAAUUAUAUGCUGAACAAUGCUGCAAUACCUGUGAUGAAGUCUUAGAAGCAUAUACAAAAAGGAAAUGGAGCCCUCCUCAGCAGCAUUUAAUAGAACAGUGCAAAAGAAGGCUUCAUUUAGAUGAUGAAAGACCUACAAAGCCAGAAGGCUGCAUGAUAUUUGGGCAUUUAUUAAUGAAAAGGAUCCCUGGGAACUUCCAUUUUACGAUAAAUCAGGUUGGCCAAAUGAUGAUGGCUACUGGGACUUUGGAUAUUGAUGGAUCUCAUAAGGUGAACCAUAUACAAUUUACUGACCCUGAGUACUCUCCAAAAUUAAUAGAUGGGCCAUUGGACGGGUAUUUCUCUGAUAGAACUUAUGUGACACAAUAUUACUUAAAAGUUGUGCCUGCAAUUUUACCAUAUGGCGCAAGAUAUUAUGAGUCUUCUGGGCACCAAAAUGUAGUUCCAGGAGUUCAUCCUCCAGAGAUAUCUUUUUCUUAUGAUGUGGACCCGAUUACUACUCAAUAUUCAAACCCAAAGUCUUUUUCGGAGUACAUAGUAAGUUUGUGUGCACUGAUAGGAGGGUGGUAUGCAAUAACCUUAUUGAUUUCAAGAAUCUUAAUAAAAUAA